GACGGAAACUACGAGGUGACUUUGAUGACAAAGGCUAAGGUGUACUAUCCCGGAUUGGUCGUUUGGCAGCCACCAGCAGUUUAUAAAUCUUCCUGCUCCAUCGACGUUGAAUUCUUUCCGUACGACGUACAGACCUGUGUUUUGAAGUUAGGCUCCUGGACUUAUGACGGUUUGAAGGUUGAUCUGAGGCACAUGGAUGAAAAAACCGGAAGCAACGUAGUGGAUGUUGGCGUCGAUUUAUCCGAAUUCUACAUGUCAGUAGAAUGGGAUAUACUUGAGGUGCCAGCAGUAAGAAACGAGAAGUUUUACACAUGCUGCGACGAGCCAUACCUCGACAUAACCUUCAACAUCACAAUGAGAAGAAAAACGCUUUUCUACACAGUCAACAUCAUCAUUCCCUGUAUGGGAAUCUCAUUUCUUACUGUACUUACUUUUUAUCUUCCAAGUGACAGUGGUGAAAAGGUCACACUCUCCAUUUCUAUUCUCAUUAGUCUUCACGUGUUCUUCCUCCUCGUCGUCGAGAUCAUCCCUCCAACGUCAUUGGUGGUACCCCUUCUUGGAAAAUAUCUAAUUUUUGCCAUGAUCCUCGUUUCCAUAAGCAUCUGUGUCACCGUAGUGGUACUCAAUGUUCAUUUCCGUUCACCGCAAACUCAUAAAAUGGCACCAUGGGUGAAGAGAGUUUUUAUACAUAUAUUGCCCCGGUUGCUGAUAAUGCGGAGGCCUCAAUACAAAUUUGACACGAGCCGUUAUGCGUCGGGGAAAGUUCUUAUGAGAACCGUGAGAGGAAAGGAAAAGACUUGCUACUACCCUUAUCAUCCUGGGUCUCUCGAAGAAAGUGACGAGCAACUAACUGGAAGAUUCCAUAGCCGUCCAAUUUCUAAAGAAGAUUUGUCGCCCUCAAGUCUGACUGACGGUGCUCGAUUUGGGGGAAGUUGCCUGAUUCAUGGUCCUCCUCUGCCACCACUUCCACUUCACUCAGAAAUUGAGGAUCUCACGAUUUCAGCUGAGCCAGCAAUCGAGGAGGUCAAGAGUCCUGUUUUACGGACUCCAGCUACUUUUUCACAUUCCAGGUGUCCACCGGAAAUACACAGAUCUUGCAUCUGUGUGCGAUUUAUAGCAGAACAUACCAAAAUGCUCGAGGACUCGACCAAGGUAAAGGAAGAUUGGAAAUACGUCGCGAUGGUCCUGGACAGGUUAUUUCUCUGGAUUUUCACCCUAGCCGUUUUUGUCGGCACUGCAGGUAUUAUACUGCAAGCUCCGACUCUCUAUGACGAUAGAGUUCCUAUCGAUAAGAAAUUUAGCGAAUUUGCAACAACGACAGUAGUCAAAUGUCCUCCACAACAAUAG